AUCACUGCUUGUCAAUAUCAGGUCUUCAUGAAGUUUCUCGUACUCGUACAUCUUUUAUUUGUAUAUUUGUGUGUAUAUCCCGUCGCUCACUUUAUUUGUCUCUCUAAACAAAACAUGUUUUAUCUUGUGAACCCGGUAUCCCUAUGCAUUCAAGUGUUCCAUUAUAUCUUACCUCUUGACAUCAAAAAAGACGACACUGUGGCAAUUCUCGGUUUUGACGUCUAUUUUGGAAUAAGUCCCUGGACUUGAGUAAUUUUUUUUAUUUUUACCUUUACCUCAUGCUGUUUGCCGUAUAUGUGGCUGAGAACCCCCACGACCUGUUUGAGUCAUUUUUGCCCUAUCAUCCACUUAUUCUUGCCUCUCCCCUUUGUGAGUGCAAAAUAGAGAUAUCAACCAAUGUGAUAAACUCUGAAUAGUCACGUUCUUAUCAAGUGAGUUUAUCA